AUGCGUUUGUUAGGAGUAGACGACAACAAUAACCAGGAGGGAACUUCACCACGACAGCAGGAGGAGUCCUCUUCCCCAGCGGCUCCCCCCCAGCGAUCGGCAAGCGCCCUUGGCCCGGCGGCUAGAGGAGCAACGUCCAGGCUGGAGCUUCUGCGUCAGACGUCAGCGGCGGCAGCCCUCGUCGGAGCCGCGACGGCCGGCCUUUUGUUGCCCACACGACAGGUUCGCGCGUCCACAACCGACUCCUCACGGACCCCGGUAGCGAAGAUGGCAGCAGCGGCAUCGGAGAGAAUGGUGUGGGUCAACGAGGACAGCGGCACGGUGUCCUCGAGACUGUCGCAGGCCGACGAAACGUACGGGCAGGGGUUCGUGGCCUACCUGGCGAGGUUUCUUCUCAACUACGACGAGGGCUGCAGGGACUACUUCAAGGGGAAGCUCGACUGCACGCUGCCGAAGCGGGACGGCAGCCACGUUUGGGAAGAGUUUCGGGGCUUUGUCGCCGCGGUAGGGCUGGGCCUCCACGAGUUCCAGGGCUCCAAGGGCGCGCGCGAGCUCUUGGAGUCCCUCUCGCGCAAGUACGACUCCGACGGCGCGCCGCAACAGCUCGCGAUGCUCUUCUCCCUGCUUCCCCCCGAUGUCCAGCCCGUCCCGGACAUCAAGUCCCUCCUUUCUUUCCCCACGGGCAGCGCCUCCGGCUUCCGCGCGGUAAGGUCGUCCGCCUUCGAUAAGGACCUAGACUUCAAGUCCAUCUUUGGGAAGAGCCCGAGCGCGCUUCUCCCGGAGGAGCUGCGGCCUCGCUACGACGAGGGCGUGGGAGCGUUUUUCGUGCCAGGCGUGCCGCGACAGGCGGAGAUGGCGUUCGGGGCGCGGGGGCCAUUUCCGACCAGCAAGGAGCGUAGCCUCACGGCGGCCGAUUUCGCGGUUUUCGCGGCGUGCGGUGCGGUCGGGUGUACCUCGACACACCUGACAGUAAUCCCGCUCGACGUGGUGAAGACGCGCUUGCAGACGGACCCGGGGAGAUACUCAGGCCUCGCGGGGGGGGUCACCACCAUUGCGAAAGAGGAAGGCUGGAUGAUGCUGAUGCAGGGAUUCGGCCCAACCCUCGCGGGUUACUUGUGGUACGGGAUUACCGUGUACCCGGGGUACGAGCUAUUCAAGCGUCUCUUCAUGCAGCUGGUGGGACCGCUGAACGCGGCGCUGUUUCGGGUGCCGCUAGUUCUCGCCGCUGGGGCGGCGGCUACGUGCAUCGCCUGCAUCGGGGUUUGUCCCGCGGAGGCGGUGCGCAUCCGACAGGUGGCUGAUCCCGCCGUGGGGAGCAUGCCGUCCGCGAUCAAGCAGAUCGUGGCGGAGAGCGGCUGGGGAAAGCUGUACGAAGGGCUGCCGUCCAUCUUGUUCCGCCAGAUUAGCUUUGGAAUGAUGAAGUUUCUCGUCUUCGACUUCUUCACUGAUUUUGCGUACGACCUGGUGCCCUACCUUGCGGAUCAAAAAUCCACGCAGCUUGCGGUCUCUCUUACGAGCGGGCUGGUGGCAGGGGUUUGCGCCGCGAUCGUGUCGCAGCCAGCCGACACCGUGUUGAGUACGAUGAGCCGCUCUCCGGACCGAUUGUCGAUCCCGAACACCAUUAGGACUAUCGUCGAUGAGCGAGGUCCAGGCGGUCUAUUUUUAGGACUUCCCAGCCGUAUCGUCUGGUCCGGGGCGAUCAUCUCGGGACAGUUUUUGCUGUAUGACUUGUGCAAGACUGCGCUGCACGUUAGCGUGGACGAUCUCAGGGUGUUCCUUGACGUUGUCGCCAGUGCAGGGUUGUGAGGGACACAACGUUUUUGACAAAGCGCCCGCUCGUUUGGAGAGAAACAUGGAAAGAGGCAGCACGGAACGAGCGUAAAUGCAGGUAGAGAUAGGAGGGGAUCAAAUAGCCACAUGGUGGGAAGAAAUCGGCGGCGGGGUAGCGACGGCGGCCGCUUUUGUCAGAAGCUCGUCGUUGUGCAGUUCGGACCCCCGGUGGUAUCGUCUAGAUUGAUCUGUUUGUGUUGUCGAAUGAUGUGCAAGCUGUCACACGCUCCUCUGUGCCGUCAGUUCUGCAUCCCCUUUGGUUUCGGCUAGCAAGAGAGAGAGAGAGAAGAGUGGUAUAGAUCAACCGGGGGCGUGGAAUUUUGAAUUUUGUAUAGGUCUUAGACGCCCUAGAGGGAAAUUACCAGAAAUGAAAGGCGUAAGUUCGAGCUUUCUCCGCCGUCAAUGCAUCUAGGAUUGUCUGAACAUGAAGGCCCUGCUGGGCAAAGAGUUUGUAGAAAUCACGCAAGCGCUGGGAAAUUUCCUUGAGUUCUUGAGUACUUGAGAAAUCACGCAAGCGCUGGGAAACUUCCUUGAGUACUCUAUUAAUGUCUAAUUCUACGACCGAUGGAGUGGUCGAUUCUUGCACUCCCAGUUGAAGGGAAGUGCACCGCGCGAAAUUCGGGGCAGGGGGGGAGGGAUUGGUUUCUCUCUUUAUGUCAUCCCUGAUCUCAUCUUUGCAUGGAGUUUAGCAUCAAGUGUAGACGUACCCUCGAAUUGAGCUGCGCAGAAAUGUUUUUGUGGGUGCAUUGGCUGUUUUGACGGCGUCCGCGU